AUGUGGCAUCUUUUGAGUCUACUUGGGCUGGUCCAACUUUUCAAUUCUCACGCCACUGCGAUUGAUGUGGAUAUAACAAAUGAUGCAUCGGUCAAGGAGGCCGCCGCUACCAUAGCAUAUGGAGCUGUCAAGUUCUACACAGGCAACAACACUGGUGAUGUACCGGGGAACUUGCCCGAUCCGUAUUAUUGGUGGCAAGCGGGAGCCAUGUUCGGUGCACUCCUCGACUAUUGGGCAUUUACCGGAGACGACUCUUAUAAUGAAAUCACCUAUCAGGCGAUGUGGCACCAGCGAGGAGAUGACUACGACUACAUGCCAACAAAUCAGACCCGUGCCUUGGGGAAUGACGACCAGGGCUUCUGGGCUUUGGCAUCCAUGUCCGCUGCCGAGCUGAAUUUCCAAAAUCCUCCCGAAGGCGAGCCAGGUUGGUUGGGUCUCACGCAGGCUAUUUUCAACGAGUAUGUCCAACGGUGGAAUGAAGCUAGCGAUUCCUGCAACGGAGGAUUAAGGUGGCAGAUUUACACGUUCAACAACGGCUACACCUAUAAGAACUCCAUCUCGAAUGGUUGCUUCUUCAACAUUGCCGCACGACUAGCCCGGUUCACUGGAAACACGACAUAUGCAGACUGGGCCACUAAGAUUUUUGAAUGGCAGCAAGGUGUGGGAUUCAUCAACGACGAAUGGACUGUUCGAGAUGGUGCGGGCGUCGCAGAAGGCGCCAAUUGUACGGAAAUCAAUGGCGCCUUGUUUACAUAUAACGCAGGCAUCUUCCUCCAUGGUGCCGCGUACAUGUACAAUUUCACGGAAUCGGACACUUGGAAAACCCGCGUGCAGGGAAUGGUCGACAGCGUCUCGAAGACCAUGUUCCAGGGCGGCAUCAUGUGGGAACCCCCCUGCGAGACCACGUCAGGCUCAUGCAACAACGAUCAACGAACAUUCAAAGGUCUUUUGUCGCGGUGGAUGGCCGCCACAGCAAAACUCGCUCCAUUCACGUACGACCAAGUUAUGGGAUUGUUGCAGAGCACGGCCAAAGCAGCCGCUCAGCACUGUGUUGGCUCACCCUCCAAUUUCAAAGGCCACCCCGGUACUGCAUGUACCUUUAGUUGGUUUGCAGACUCAACGUACGAGGAGACAUCAGGCGUCGGUGAACAGCUAAAUGCCAUGAGCGUGAUCAUGACAAUGUUGGUCGAUUCUGCUAUGUCGCCGUUUACAUCUAACACGGGCGGGACAUCUGCCGGCCAUGUGGAUGGCGGUGUCAGCGACGACAGCAAGCUUGACAAGCCCAGGGAAAUAACAAAUGCUGAUCGGGCAGGCGCGGGUAUCCUGACAACAUUAAUAAUAGGAUCACUGCUAGGAGCUGUGGUUUUCUUGGUUAAAGAUUGA